UUCAUUGCAGCCAAACCAGUUACCAAGAGUGAGCUUAAUUCUCGUAUUCUUCAGGACUCAAUCAUUAAGCAGAUAAAUGACAACCCCAUGGCUGGAUGGGAAGCUGCCAUGAAUCCCCGAUUCUCCAAUUACACUGUUAGCCAGUUUAUGCACCUUCUGGGAGUUAAACCAACACCCCGAAAGGAUUUUCAGAGUUUUCCUAUUUUAACUCAUCCAAAAUCUUUGAAGUUGCCAACUAAUUUUGAUGCAAGAACAGCUUGGCCUCAGUGCAACACAAUUGGAAGAAUUCUAGAUCAGGGUCACUGUGGCUCUUGUUGGGCUUUUGCUGCUGUUGAAGCACUAUCAGACCGUUUUUGCAUCCAUUUUGGCAUGAACAUAUCACUUUCUGUUAAUGAUCUCUUAGCGUGCUGUGGUUUCAUGUGUGGAGAUGGUUGUGAUGGGGGGUAUCCAAUUUAUGCUUGGCGAUACUUUGUCCACCACGGUGUUGUCACUGAAGAGUGUGACCCAUACUUCGAUCCAACUGGCUGUUCACACCCUGGGUGUGAGCCCGCAUAUCCUACUCCAAAGUGUGUUAAAAAGUGUGCAGAUAAAAACCAGCUAUGGAAGAAUUCAAAGCGUUAUAGCAUCAAUGCAUAUAGAAUCAAUUCUGAUUCCCACAGUAUCAUGGCAGAGGUUUAUAGUAAUGGACCAGUUGAGGUCGCCUUCACUGUUUACGAGGAUUUUGCACACUAUAAAUCAGGAGUUUACAGACAUAUUAAAGGUGAUGCAUUGGGAGGUCAUGCUGUUAAGCUAAUUGGGUGGGGGACAACCAAUGCUGGGGAGGACUAUUGGCUUCUCGCAAAUCAGUGGAACAGAGGCUGGGGAUGGUUACUUCAUGAUCAAAAGAGGAACAAACGAGUGUGGAAUGAAGAGGAUGUGGUUGCUGGUUUGCCUUCAUCGAAAAAUUUUAUAAGGGAAGUUGCGAGUGUGGAUGCUGUUGUGGGUGAUGUUUCAAUUUGA